CAGCCAUGAAGGUCCCCAGCCCCAGCGUGCGCGAGGCAGCUUCCAUGUACGGCACAGCGGUGGCCAUCUUCCUGGUCAUCCUGGUGGCCGCGCUGCAGGGCUCGGAACCCCCCGAGAGCCCCUUUCCUUACCGCAUCCCGCUGGACCCCGAGGGGACCCUGGAGCUCUCCUGGAAUGUCAGCUACGUGCAGGAGACCAUCCACUUCCAGCUCCUGGUGCGGGAGCUCAAGGCUGGGGUCCUGUUUGGGAUGUCGGACCGUGGUGAGUUGGAGAACGCUGACCUGGUCGUGCUCUGGACCGAUGGGGACAGUGCCUAUUUUGGGGACGCCUGGAGUGACCAGAAGGGGUGGAUCCACCUGGAUGCCCAGCAGGAUUACCAGCUGCUGCGGGCACAGAGGACCCCAGAAGGCCUGUCCCUCCUCUUCAAGAGGCCCUUUGGCACCUGUGACCCCAAGGAUUACCUCAUCGAGGACGGCACCGUCCACUUGGUGUACGGGAUCCUGGAGGAGCCGUUCUGGUCGCUGGAGGCCAUCAACACCUCGGCCCUGCACACGGGGCUGCAGAGGGUGCAGCUGCUGAAGCCCAACGUCUCCGUCCCUGCCCUGCCCGCGGACAUGCGCACCAUGGAGGUCCGUGCCCCAGACGUCCUGGUCCCCGGCCAGGAGACCACCUAUUGGUGCUACAUUACUGAGCUUCCCGACGGCUUCCCCCGGCACCAUAUCGUCAUGUAUGAGCCCAUUGUCACCGAGGGCAACGAGGCCCUGGUGCACCACAUGGAGGUCUUCCAGUGCGCCACCGAGUUCGAGAGCUUCCCCCAGUUCAACGGACCCUGCGACUCCAAGAUGAAGCCCAGCCGCCUCAACUACUGCCGCCACGUGCUGGCCGCCUGGGCCCUGGGCGCCAAGGCCUUUUACUACCCAGAGGAAGCUGGCCUUGCUUUCGGGGGUGCCGGGUCCUCCAGAUUCCUCCGCCUGGAAGUUCACUACCACAACCCACUGAAGAUAGAAGGCCGCCGCGACUCCUCGGGCAUCCGCCUGUACUACACAGCCACGCUGCGUCGCUUUGACGCAGGCAUCAUGGAGCUGGGCCUGGUGUACACGCCCGUGAUGGCCAUCCCCCCGCAGGAGACGGCCUUCGUCCUCACAGGCUACUGCACCGACAAGUGCACCCAGCUGGCCCUGCCUCCCUCGGGGAUCCACAUCUUCGCCUCUCAGCUCCACACGCACCUGACGGGGAGGAAGGUGGUCACCGUGCUGGCCCGGGACGGCCGAGAGAGGGAAGUUGUGAACAGGGACGACCACUACAGCCCUCACUUCCAGGAGAUCCGCAUGUUGAAGAAGGUCGUGUCUGUCCACCCGGGGGAUGUGCUCAUCACUUCCUGCACGUACAACACGGAAGACAGGAAGCUGGCCACCGUGGGCGGCUUCGGCAUCCUGGAGGAGAUGUGCGUCAACUACGUGCACUACUACCCACAGACACAGCUUGAGCUCUGCAAGAGCGCUGUGGACCCUGGCUUCCUGCAGAAGUAUUUCCACUUCGUGAACAGGUUCAAUGGCGAGGAAGUCUGCACCUGCCCUCAGGCCUCCGUCCCUGAGCAGUUUGCCACUGUUCCCUGGAACUCCUUCAACCGGCAGGUGCUCAGCGCCCUGUACGGCUUCGCCCCUAUCUCCAUGCACUGCAACAAGUCCUCGGCCGUGCGAUUCCAGGGUGAAUGGAAUCUGCAGCCCCUGCCCGAGAUCAUCUCCAAGCUGGAAGAGCCCACCCCUCAGUGCCCAGCCAGCCGGGGUCGGAGUCCCGCCGGCCCCACCGUGGUCGACAUUGGUGGAGGCAAAGGUUGAGGGGGGGCUGUUUCCUCGCUCCCCCUCCAUGCCAUCCCUGUGGACUCAUGCCAGCUCUGUGCACCCUCACCCUGUCAAGACCCCCGUGGAAUUAGCUCUGUGUGUCCAGGAUGAAGGGGCUGGCCAAGCCCCUGCCUGGACCAUGGUCCAUUCCAGCAUUCUCCCCUCAGGGACCCGCUGCAUGGCUAAGAGGGUCCCACCUAGGACUGGCUGGACCAAGGCCCUGUCCACACCCUUCCGAUGCAGAGUAAGGAUAACCCGCCUUGGUGGUCUAGAGUCCAGGGGCCCGAAGCCCUGCCCAUCUCGCCAGGAGGGGCCCGUCCUCCUGGGACAUGAGCCCCGCCCGGCUGUGGGGCAGGCUCCUCUGAGACGGCCCGCAUCCCCAGCCCCUGCUGAUGGUGACUUGUGUGGUGUGCCAGUGCCACUUGGAUGUUUCCCCACGGAGCGGCUUGCCUGUCGCAGUGGGCGUCUUCCCUGAGACGGAGGCAGGACGAGCCACUUAGCUAGUUAGAGACGUGCCUGGGAAAUUGCUCCACUGCAGGGUAAAUAGAUAUUUUCGCCCACCUAAAGGCAAACCUAACAACAACCCUCACCACCACCAAAGACAAGACGGCGAAGAUCCAGACAAGGAUCCGGGUGCCAGCUCCUUGGGGAAAUGGGGCGAUUAGCCCAGGCUGCUUCUCUCCACGCUGGAACGGUGGUUAACAGACCAUCUGGGCUCUGGGGUCAGACCUGUCAGAAGCCCGGUUCCAUCUCUGGGGCUGGGUGUCACUCGGGCGGGCCAUUUCACCUCCCUCACCCUGGGUUUUCUCAUCUGUAAAAUGGGGCCAACGCUGUGUGGGUUGAUGAGAUGAUAAAGUCCCCAUGGGGGCCAGCACCCGGGGAAAGCUAAUACAGGGCGGUGUUGCUCCCACGAGAGAAAGCCUCGUCUGAACCUCCUCUCCGUGCCAGCGCUCUGCUCCAUGGCACAGCUGGAACAGGCCCCACGCUUCCCGGGUCAGUCUCCACCUCCCCCCCUCGGAGCUGCCUCCCAUGUCAGGCUGCUCUCUGACGGUUUCUGCAGAGAGUAACAGAUGGGGCUGUGUUCCGCCAAUUCAGCAAAACUCUGUGCAGCCUUUAGGAGAGAGAGGGUGAUGGAUGGGCCUCCCAGUGCCCCCUUUACCCCCCAGCAGAGUCAGCUAAGCGGCUCCUUCUCCUUCUGUGAGCCACUUCAUUACAGACAGGAACAAACGGGCCCGGACGCUCUGCACUGCACCCUAUAUAAAUCACGGCUUCCCGCGCCGUAAGUCAUGGGGCGCAAUGGCUGUGAAACGCCAGGCCCCGAUAGAAGCUGGAGCGCAGGCCGGCCCUUCGUCAUCUUUAUGGCCUCGGGUGACAGGUGCAGGAGAGGCCGCUCCCCAGAAGGGGCAGGCCUUGGAAGGUGUCCUGGAGCAUGCCCAGCCUCUGGCCUUGGUCUUCCAGCCCAAGCAGACCCUUCCCUCUGAUCAUGCCCCACUGCCGGCCCGGACUGGGGUCCUGGUGAGCACAGAGCUCUGGGAGAGGAUGUGAGGGAGACCCGCAAGCCUCGGGCAAGCCUGCCCAGGCCCACCGCGCCCUUCCUUGCUGGCCCCUGCUAUCACCUUGUUCCCCAAAUGCCCAGGAGGCACCUGCCACAUUCCAGUCUCGUCAACAGGGGAGCCGAGGUUCACAGAGGAGAAAUGCCUUCCCCGGGUCCCCUCCAGAGGAUUAGUGGGAAAUCACACCCAGUUCCAGAACCUUCCGCCAUCCACAGUGACAGUUCACACACACACUUCACUCACUCUCCCGCCCUCAGGCUGGUCAUCCUCUUCCUCCUGGGGCAGCCUGUUGGGCUCUCCUACAGAGACCACCGCUUGCUCCCUGCCCCAACCCGGUGCCCGGCUCUGACAACACCCCACCCAAUCAUCACAUUCGGUGUCAUUGAUAUUAGCUGCCACAGUGUGCACACUGGUUCUGUGCUAACACUCCCAAUACACCUACAACAU